UCGGCCAUCGGCCGAAAAUAUCGCUGCCCGGACGUACUGCAGCUAGCACCAAGUUGCAUGCUGUGGCUGCUGCUGCUCAUGUUGCCCGGUUGCUGGUGCAAGCGAGGAGGUGGACGGUGACAUACAUCCCCCCGGACCCCCGCCGUCGGCGACCUGCCUCCAGCCUAUAAGUAGGCGGCCAUGCGCUGCGGCAGACAGCCACUCUAGAGUCUAGAGGCACACCCACACAAGCAGCGGCUGAGCAUCGCCGGUCCAAGGUAGUUGGUUGGUUGGUUGCAGUUGCAAUGGCCGGCUGCGGAGGGAAGGACGGCCUGUACGCCGUGCUCGGGGUCUCCAGCGACUGCUCCGACGCUGAGCUGCGAAGCGCCUACAGGAAGCUCGCCAUGAAAUGGCACCCAGACAAGUGCGGCAGCUCCGGCGGCGCGGAGGCCGCCAAGGCCAGGUUCCAGAAGAUCCAGGCAGCCUACGCGGUUCUGUCGGACCCCAACAAGCGUAUCCUCUACGACGUCGGAGCCUACGACAGCGACGGCGACGAUGAGGGUGCAGGAGAAAUACUGGGAGACAUUCUCGAGGCGAUGAACCAGACACCUCCACAGGAAGACGGCGAGAGCGAGAGCUUGGAGGAUCUGCACAAGCAGUUCGAGGAGCUGUUCCUCAAGCCCGACGCCUACAAGUCGCCGCCGACGCCGUCGUCGUCGUCGUCCAAGACAAGGGUCAGCAGGAAGUAGAUACAAAGGCUCCCAAGAUGAAUCAUCUUCGUACGUGGAGAACUGGAGAUGCGGCUCACAAGAGAGAAGCGCACCACAGAAUCAGAUGCCAUGUCAUGCUAGGCUCCUAGCCAUCCACGGAGAAUGUUGAAUGUUCAGCUACCAUAGCAUAGCCUAGUCACUACAAAUUUAUUUAACCGUCAUCCACUCAUGCAUGUCCGGUGGAAUGCGAGAUGAAACCUUAAAGCGCGGAAUUUUCCACGUUGUGAUUUGUACUAGUACUUUGCUUGCAAUUAAUGAAUAACAAUUGUGUCAAUUAAUGAA